AGAAUUAAUCCUCCUGAGGGCAGAAACUGUGUCUGUCUUGCCACAGCUGUAUCCCAGGGCCUGACACACAGUAGGUGCUCAUAAAUGCCUGACCCCAGGGUCUGGCACACAGUAGGUGCUUAUAAGCGUUCGAUUAAGAGUUAGAUAGAGGACUGUGAGUCUGGGGCCUGCAGAUAAGGUCAGGAAGGCACUCCAGCCAGCCCUGCAGAGAGGCCUAGAGUCCAAACAGGGUUUGGCAGUUUUGUUGUGUAGCUAUCCAGCUGCCUGUUUUCAACCCACAUAUAUUUAUGCACAGAACAUCUGCCUUGGACUUUGGGAUGGUUCCUUAAAGCUGCCUUGUGGACCUGUUUUCACGAUAUCGGUUAGCUCUACAUUGUCUUUUGAACAGUUCUUUCCUCAUUUCACAAGGAAUACAGGGUCCUUUGAAAAGGCCAUCAGGGCAGGUGCGCGGGAGGGGCAGGAACCCAUGCGUGUGCCCCUCAGUGCCUCUAUGGGGUCUUCCUGCACCAAGGGCCCUUCCCAUCCUGCCAUCCCAGCCCUGACCCAGCGCCACCCUAGGGGAGGAAGGGCAGAGGAGCUGGAGGGGGGGCCACUGACCUCUCUCCUGCCCCUGCCCUGCCCUUUACUGCCACCCACAGAGGCUCCCCCGGAGCUAUCCCCUGCAGAGCCAGAAUUCCGCUGCACUGAGUGCGUGAUGGAUCUUGGCUUGUCUGAGGACCAUUUCUCCCGGCCCGUGGGCCUGUUCCUGGCCUCCGACGUGCAGCAGCUGCGUCAGGCCAUCGAGGAGUGCAAACAGGUGAUCCUGGAGCUGCCUGAGCAGUCGGAGAAGCAGAAGGAUGCUGUGGUACGGCUCAUCCACUUGCGGCUGAAGCUCCAGGAGCUGAAGGACCCCAACGAGGAUGAGCCCAACAUCCGAGUCCUCCUGGAGCACCGUUUCUACAAGGAGAAGAGCAAGAGUGUCAAGCAGACCUGUGACAAGUGUAACACCAUCAUCUGGGGCCUCAUCCAGACCUGGUACACCUGCACAGGUUGUUAUUACCGCUGUCACAGCAAGUGCCUGAACCUCAUCUCCAAGCCCUGUGUCCGAUCCAAAGUCAGCCACCAAGCUGAGUACGAGCUGAACAUCUGUCCUGAGACAGGGCUGGACAGCCAGGACUACCGCUGCGCUGAGUGCCGGGCACCCAUCUCCCUGCGGGGUGUGCCCAGUGAGGCCCGGCAGUGUGACUACACCGGCCAGUACUACUGCAGCCACUGCCACUGGAACGACCUGGCCGUCAUCCCCGCGCGAGUCAUCCACAACUGGGACUUCGAGCCGCGGAAGGUGUCCCGCUGCAGCAUGCGCUACCUGGCCCUUAUGGUGUCGAGGCCGGUCCUGCGGCUCCGGGAGAUCAAUCCUCUGCUGUUCAACUACGUGGAGGAGCUGGUGGAGAUCCGGAAGCUGCGCCAGGACAUCCUACUCAUGAAGCCGUACUUCAUCACCUGCAAGGAGGCCAUGGAGUCACGCCUGCUUUUGCAGCUCCAGGACCGGCAGCAUUUUGUGGAGAACGACGAGAUGUACUCGGUCCAGGACCUGGUGGAUGUGCACGUGGGCCGCCUCAGCUGCUCGCUGACAGAGAUCCACACUCUCUUUGCCAAGCACAUCAAGCUGGACUGCGAGCGGUGCCAGGCCAAGGGCUUCGUGUGUGAGCUCUGCAGAGAAGGAGACGUGCUGUUCCCGUUCGACAGCCACACCUCCGUGUGCACAGACUGCUCUGCUGUCUUCCACAGGGACUGCUACUAUGACAACUCGACUACGUGCCCGAAGUGUGCUCGCCUGACCCUGCGGAAGCGGUCGCUGUUCCAGGAUCCUGGCCUGGAAGUGGACAUCUAGGGUGCAGGGAUGACGGGGGGUGGGGCCAGCGCCAAAGUCCAGGUGUUGUUCUGCCCUGGAGACCGUGGGUGCAGCCCUGCAGACCCCUGGACCCCCACGUGCUGGGCCAGAGGGUGAGCCCCGCCCACGAGGACCAUCAUCCAGGAACCUGCCAGGUCUCAGAGGGUCCAGUGGGGAGGGGAGCUAGGAGGGCUUCUUGCCUCCCCGCAAUACAGAGCCCUACGUUCCCUCUGGGUCAAGGCUGCCAGCCCAGAGAAGGGCCAGGCCAAAACCCCCAGGGGAACCUUGAGGAGCAACCACGGAAGCCACGGUUGCUGGCUGCACAGACCUGCCUGGGACCUAAGUUUUUUCUGCAGGGAGCAGUUUGGGUUCUAUACAGAGGCUUCCUCACUGCCCCUCACUCCAGCCCCUCAUCUUAUGGGGGGCUUCUGGUGGGCCCUGGCUGAGGCUGUUCCCAUGGACCUUCCUCUCUCAAGUCCCCAUCAGGCUGGGGGUGGUCCAGGGGCUCUGUCCAACAGGGAGAGAAGGGGCCUCCGAGCCUUACUCUGCAUGUGGACUGGCCACAACUUGUCCCUGUGCUCCAAGCUGGGUGGCAGAGGUCCAGCUGAGGGGUGUCUCAGCCCCAGGUGUUGUGCUUGGACAGGUUAGGGAAGAGAGUGGGUUACAGCCAGACCCUGUGGCAUUUCUUGGGACCAGUUUGCCAUCCAGAAAGGAGCUCAUCCUGCUGCUGCAGUACCUGUGAGGGCUCUGGAUGCUCCAAGCCGGCCAGAAGGGUCUUUCGUUUGGGGGCCUGAGGCUGGGAGCAGACGGUGAGAGGCCUGGGAGCAUUGGCUGGAGGGGCCUCCGGGGGAAGACGGGGCAUGAAGAUCCCACUACAUGUGACAAAGCCUGCAUCUCAGGCUGCACCUCGUGACCGCUUUUCACCUGGGUGGGAGCUGCACCGCUCAGGGUGUUUCUAGAGAGCUUUGCACUUUACAGACCCAGUGUCCUGGGUGCAGCUGAGAGACAGGACUUUUUGGGGCCUCCAGGAAGCAGGGCUGUCUGCACUUGCCCUUCGCUGCUGCCCCUCCUCACCCUGGACUUGGCUGUUGGUGCACAGCGGACACGCAGGUGGUGGGAGGAGGGCAGCGGUGUGGCUCCUGGGAGGUCCCCUACCUGGACCAGAAAGCUAGAGGGGGCACCUCAGCAGUGGGACCGUCAGCUCAGUGGACGAUGUGAGGGGAGAGUAACAGCGGUGUCACUGUCCUCUGUGUGGCUAGGAAAGGGCAAGAACCGGUGUCUCGCCUGUACAGUGGCAUCAGGCAAAGCCCUAGACUGAUAUCUGCAAACCAGGAGUGUGGCACUGAGCUGUCUCGGGUGAGGUGAAGAGGCCAGUAUGGGGGUACUUCAUGGGAGAGCCAUGCCCAUAUCAGCCUGUCCUGCUCUCGGCCCACUUUUAGAGUGUGUGGGAGUCACAGGCUCAAUGCCCUCUCCCUGCACCCAGAUCUGCACAUUCCUAGCUCACUUCUCUCUGCUGCAUCACAUUCCUGCCAUCCUUGAGUUCACGUGUAGUCCACGUCACAUUGUUCUAGUUUGUAGUAACCGUGCCCACAGAAAAUGUUGGUGUGCUGACAUUUGUUGGAUGGGGUUGGCGUCUUUAUUUUUGACCUCCUCACCUUAUCCCUCCCCCAGCACACUUCUUCCCCACCUGCCCUUUCUGGUUGACAAAGUCUUUAAACAGAAUUGUGCGUGUGGUCUUUGCAUGAGUCUAUAGUGAGGUAGAAAGAAACCACCAAGGAACCAGGCUGCCCACCAGCACCUGAGGUCUCCACAGGUCAUGGGGGUUCCAU